AUGACGGUUCCCUUGCCUUCAUACGCCCCUCCCAGGGCAAGUGGCCCACCUUUCAACGUUGGCAUCAACAGUGACUUGAUCCUCUAUGUCGCUACCGACUGUCGAAGUUUCGUCUCGAGCCCACCCUCGUUCGUUCCUGAUGAGCCUGCUUCAUAUAUUGGGAAAGUGUUUGCUUGCUGGCCGGUGGUUUUCCCCGACGGUGUGAGGGUCAUUGUCGAAGACAAAGCACAGAUCAAGAACAGGAUGGAGGCCGAAUGCAAGUUGCUGCAAAAGCUGGAAAAAGGUGGUUUCCCAUGGUCGCCUCGCGUACUCUACCGCACUCUGGACGACAUCAAUCCCCUGGACAGGCCAUACAUUGUCCAUACCAGGUUCCCUGGAAAGCAGCUGCAAAGGAGUGAUACAUUUCCAGCUAAGAAGGCAGACCGGGAGAAAAUUCUGGCCCAAAUCGCUCGGAUCAAUUUUGAUCUGCUGUUCAGCCGGAAACUCAGUUAG